UAAAAAUAGGGCUUAUCUCCUUCUCACAUUUCCAAGGGCAAACACAAACGUCGCUAGAGACGCAUCGAGCAGCCACCCUAACUAGAAAAAAUGUCUGAAAGUUUCGAGAUUUCCUGCUGUGACGAAGUCAUGUCUCCUAUCUUUCAGUGUGUUUGUGGACAUAUAACUUGCUCCUUGUGUUGUACUACUAAACUAAGGAACAAAUGCUCUAACUGCAAUUUGCCCAUAGGUAGAAACCGAUCUGGAAAUGUGGAGAGAAUCAUGGAAGGAAACUCUUUCCUGUGCCAAAACACCCAACAUGGCUGCACCAUGAAAUUCAAUGAUUACAAAGAACUAUCAGUUCAUGAGAAGGAAUGUUGUUUUGCUCUGUGCUAUUGUCCUGCACCUUACUGCUACUACAGGGGCGUGUACAAUGAUCUCAACAGUCACUACUCCGAUUAUCACAGACACGACGAACCUAAACAGUUCUGGUGUACAAAUUCCAUUUGUGCAUGGCGAUACUUUGCAGUCAUUCAGAGGCAUAUAGAUGGUCCAUUGGUUGCUGUCAUAUAUUUCAAGGCGAAAGAAGGUUUAUAUCUGACAGUGAACUGUAUUGCCCCUUCUGCUCCAGGAGUUGGAGAGUUGACCUACGAGAUCUCAUGUUCCAUGGAAGGUAACACUAUGACUUUUGGAUCGUCGGAGAUGAAUAGGGUUCAGAAAUUGAGCUUCAAAACUCCGGAGAAGGACUUCAUGUUAGUUCCUAACUUUCUGUGGGUUGAGUGUCCUACAUCGAAUAUGGUGAUUCGCAUACGCGAGAAAGAUGAAGAAGAUGUUGAUGACGAAGUAAUCAUCACAUACAAACCAUAGUAGGUCGUUCUUCUGGUACCCUUAUGAUAAAUUUAUGAUGUUUCUUCUAAACAAAUGUUUCUCAUGGCUCAUUGUUUAACUUAAUUGUAAACGAGUACAACCAUCACUAUGCUAUGCUACAUGUUUAUUUAAAGAUAUUCUUG